CCACCAGCGACUGGUGGCAGUUUGUGAGUAGCACGCGCUCGAGUCAGUUUGCACAAGUCUGUCGAGCGGCUAUCACCGAUCGCGAUCGAGUGUCUCUCUGACCACAGAAGUUUUGAAUUUCGCACGUCAGCACAAGUGCCCGGGUUAAUCGGUGGAAUCGGAGUGUUAUUUACGGAAAUUAAAAAGGAAAAAAAAAGACCACAAUGAAACUUUAUGUUUCUUAAAGAAUUGAGUGGAGAGGUGUGUCUUCAUCGCUCAAUUGAAUUGAUCAUUUUAAUUUGCACGGGAUGAGGACUUACAUCGGAUGGAGAUGAAUUUGAGACGCAUUUAAUCGAUAUAGCACAUCGCGGAAUUUUGCUAAUUGAUCGGAAAAAAAGAGUGAGAGACAGUUGGAAUUCCGUUACAUAAUAAUUCUGUGGAAGUGUGCUCAAAGAAAAGAUAGUACGUAGAUGCCAAUUCGUUCCUGUCCAGUUCUUUUAGUUAGUGAAGAUUACGACAAGAUGAGCUGCCGAGAGUAUCACUACAAGGACGAUGAAUGUGUCAAGGAUGUGGACAAUGCUGAUGUUGAGGAUGAUCAUGAAAAAUCCAGUAGUCGAAAAGCUCCCUACACCAGAAAAAAGAGCUCUUCGAAUAUGUACAGAAAGGCCAAUGCAACGAAUGAGAAGCCAAGAUUUCUCAUUCCACACACAGGACACUCAGCUCAUCAGAAUUCCUCAGGUGGUCUGAGGAAGCAACUCCUAUCACGACGUACUCCAUCGCCAUCUUCGCCACUUGGUGCCAGUCUCUGUCCAGGAUAUGAUCAAUAUCAAAUGGCUCUGCUGGAGGUACCGAUGCCACGAGACUUUGGAGAUGCCUCCAGUGAUGAUCUCAGCUCUGAAUGGGAUUCCGAUGCUCCGGACUAUCGAUUCCCUGUCAAGGAAAUUAAGCCAUCGGGAUGGCGAAAAUUGCGCAAUAUUGUCCAGUGGACACCAUUCUUCCAAACCUACAAGAAACAGAGGUAUCCAUGGGUACAGCUAGCAGGACAUCAGGGAAAUUUCAAAGCGGGACCAGACCAAGGAACAGUAUUAAAAAAGCUCUGCCCCAAGGAGGAAAUGUGUUUCCAGAUACUCAUGAAAGACGUUCUGAGACCCUAUGUUCCUGAGUACAAAGGACAAGUAACGAGCGACGAUGGUGAAUUUUACCUUCAACUGCAAGAUCUGCUAAGUGACUUUUACCAGCCGUGCGUGAUGGACUGCAAAAUUGGCGUACGGACGUAUCUGGAGGAAGAACUGUCGAAAGCCAAAGAGAAGCCUAAGCUGCGAAAAGAUAUGUACGAGAAGAUGAUUCAGAUUGACCCAAAUGCCCCAACUGAAGAUGAGAAUCGCGUCAAAGGUGUCACAAAGCCACGAUAUAUGGUGUGGCGCGAGACAAUCUCCAGCACUGCAACACUUGGCUUUCGGAUAGAGGGUAUCAAAAAGGCAGAUGGUACAAGCUCAAAAGACUUUAAGACCACAAAGUCACGAGAACAAAUCCUCCAGUCGUUUAGAGAUUUUUGUGAAAGUUUUCCACAUGCAGUGCAAAAAUAUAUUCAACGUUUGAAGGCAGUUCGUGCAACUUUGGAGUGCUCGGAAUUCUUCAAGUCUCAUGAGGUCAUUGGGAGUUCACUGCUGUUUGUUCAUGAUCGUACUCAAGCGAGUAUUUGGCUAAUUGAUUUUGCCAAGACGAUUGCACUGCCAGCCAAUGUGACCAUCGAUCACAAUAGCAAGUGGAAAGUGGGAAAUCAUGAGGAUGGCUACCUAAUUGGCAUCAAUAAUCUCAUUGAUAUCUUCACUGAGCUUCAGGGUCAGCAGACACCUCCAGCAUCGGAAAGUCCUCAAACACCAUCCGUUAUGUCACUAGUCGAUCGUAUACCCGUCCUUUCACUCUCACCAGAGAUCGUAAAUUCCAACAAUAAUAACAACAAUGACACCCUGUAGCAAGAGAUCCCUGAGGACGACAAAGUGUUCUUCAACAAAAAAAAAACACUCUUAAUCUGCAAUACAUCAUAAAUCUUUGAUGGAUUUUCGAUCACUCUAAUCUUGUAUCUCUAUGUGCGCAAUGUGUAAUCAGCAAAAUUGCUGCUGAAGGAAACUCUUAGAGGCAAAAUUAGUGUAUAAGUUGCUGUUUUAUAAAAGCAAUGCAAUUUCCAUGGAUAUAUGCCGGGGGAGGGAGAGUGUAUAUGUGGAAAUUGAGAUUUUCUCUAUAUAGGAAUGCAUAUAAGAAAACAAAUAUCUCGAUACUUGAGCAUUUUUCUAUCUCAUUCAAUUAACAAAAUAGCUUAAGAUAUUAUUUAGUACACUGUAAUACAAUAUGAGACUGAUGUAUCAAAUUAUCAACUUUUUUUUUACAUAAUAUAUACCUUUCCUCUUUCGCAACUAUUCCAUUCAACGAUGCAGGAUCAUCAUCUUGUAUUUCAUCAUUCCAUCAUUCAAUUCAACACUGUAUCUCACAUGUUAGAUAUUCUCUUUUUUUUCUAACUACUAUGUACUAGGUGUUAAUGAGUAGUAUAUCAGAAGUUACUGAAAAAAAUUUAUUAAUAAAUUAUAUAUACAGUGUCAUGACAAAAAUAUUGGAGCACUUGAUGUAGAACUCAGCAAGUAGCUGGAUUUGCUCCAUUUUCGCGCAGAACAAUCUCAAGUUUAUCAAUAUUUCUGACACGAUCCUGUACAUGUAUGAUGAAGAGAUAAUCCAAUUGUUACAUAUAUUAUGUAAGACGUUGGUUCUCGAUAGAUGAGAUUAGUUCUUAUGUAGAUUGUACGAUAGAAUUACUUUGUAACUUCAUUUUUAGUUAUCCCAGAGAAAGUAGAGAAUUGUGUAAAUGUUUUUUUUUCUGAAAUUGCAAAUAUAUUCUUAUUUUCAAAUGAAUAACACCUGAACAUCGUCAAA